UUUUACUGCUCGAUCUUGAUGGUGGAUGGAAAUGGGCAUGGGAAAUCAUGCUGAGUUUCCGUGUGUAGAUAUUUAUAAGUGGAGUACUUUUGUAGUUAUGCCUUCAUCUUCAUUCAUUGCGAACACAGGCCAAAGACGCUACUUUAACUUUUUGUUUCUUAUGCCGAUUUUCUUGUUCCUCGUUUUUCCUACGUCAUUGUUGUUAGAAUAUCUUCUAGUUGUAUGUAAGUACUAGACGCCACUGCCUCCAUCGUUAUUGUGCGGAGUACUACUGCAGUUUCACUUUUUUCAAUACUAGAAAUUGAAAAAAUGGCAGAUCCCGGCUACACCUCGGAUUAUCAGCACGAGGAUGACCGGAGGCCCAACAAGCGGAGGAAGCGAAUGGACGGGGACAUCCACUGCGAAAGAAACAGUGAUGAUGACGAAGAUGAGGGGUACAAUGCUGCUAGUCGUCGAGCAGCUGGAGGCUCGAAACGUAUCGUCCAGCGUGGUCUUGCCGGAACAUCAAGGGACUACGAGGACCCUAUGAGAAUGGGACUACAUCACGGUGGCAGUGGAUUAGCGUCCUCCAGUGCAAGUGCUUCUUCGUCUUCCACUAUAAGAAACAAUUGGCACAACAAAGCGAAAGCUCGAGCUCCUUCACCUCCACGUCUAAACGUCACCCGACCCUUGGCGAAUCGCGUCGAGCGUGAUGACAUCUUCCUCACAGAUAAUGGCAAGACUAAGUACAUCGACAGCACUAGCUACCUGUUGCGGCAAGCAUCGGGACGUGCGCACUUGGAAUUGAAGCCAUCUUCUUCGAACAAAUAUAGCACGCCGAUGCCCCCUCAAGGCAUAUUCCAGAAAGACAUCGUCGUCGAUGAAAUGGGCACCAUAAACGACAGCCUAGGAGCGAAGAAGAAGGUUGUCUUGCCACCAAAUUCUACGAGCAUGGGGUGGAAGAACGUGUAUCAAAAAACCGACGCAAAAGGAGGAGACUUGGAGGAUGACGCUCCUGAAAGGAAUGAGUUGUAUAGGAAAACUGCUACAGCGGGGGCUUCCUCAAAAGACCAUGAUCGGCAGGACGACGACAGGCAAGGUAGACGCAAAAAAUACUACGAUAACUCCGAAGAUGAAGAAAACUCGGCAAAUGAACGAGAAACCGGUAAAAAGAAGGAGUCUUUUGAGCGCUUCCAGCCUCGUGCCGGUCAUUACAAGAGCGUACCCGGCUUGGCUCCUGAUGAAGAGAAGUUGAGACGUGCUAAACACGACUAUUUGAUGUCACAGCUUUAUAGAACUAACGAGGACGGGCUUGCUGGUCCAGCCAAAUUUGUACCUCAGUCUGACUUGGCAGCUUUGCGGCAAGCUCAUCGGUUUUUGAGAGAUGAUGAGGGAAGUGAAGACAAUGAGGAUGACGAGGAUGACCCUCGAGAUCUUUUCCACGCAAAUGCGGAACGCUUAGCGAAGAAGUACUACGACAAGCUUUACCGCGAGUACGUGCUUGCAGAUUUGAGGGGGUACAAAGAGAACAAAAUCGGUUUUAGAUGGCGAACCGAACAAGAAGUGCUUUCGGGCAAAGGCCAAUUCGUGUGCGGCAACAAAAGAUGCGACCGGAAACUUCAUUUACAGUCCUACGAAGUCAAUUUCGUUUAUGUGGAGCAAAACAAGCAAAAGCAAGCUCUGGUGAAGAUACGGCUGUGCACAGAGUGCGCGUUUCAGCUAAACUACGUGCAUUUGAAGAAGAAAAGACGAGAAAUGAAGGAACAGGAGAAGCUGGCGAAGAAGAAGGACAAGAAGCAAAGCAAGAUGAAGAAUGUCAAUCAUGAAAAUAUCUGUCGUGAAGCCGUUGAGGAGGAGGACAAAGCCGAGCUCGACCGCAUUGCAGCUCGCGUUAGGAAGAAAAGGGCUGCGAAAGGAGCACAAAGCAGAGAGGACAGAAUCAUGGCGGACUUGUUAGAUUAGUUCAUGUUGAAGUUGACUUCUCGUUGUUCUCUCAUUAUUGUACGUAGUUAACCCCUCUAUCUCAUGCAGCUACAUCACCCUUGUUAACAUUCGUCCUGAUUCUUCACCCUUAACCCUCGUCCUGAUUCUUCACCACUGGUGACAGACCCUAGAAAGAAGCGCAAAUAAACC